UUGUAAACCGCCACAGGUGUGGGGCUGGAUAGCGAGCUUCCUUACUUGUCACCACAUGUAAUUGCCGAGACUGGCUCUGUCUUAUCGUGUUUUCGUCAUGACCCUUCAACUCUCGGGAACUAGGACGAUCGAGCCCCCCAUGGUAGGCUGGUAGCUCUGGUACAGUCAUAAGAAUGUCGAGUGGCUUUAAGCUUUAUCAUCCCUCCCUCUCCCACGCUUCGUGACACAACACCCUUCGAUCCCUUUUAUCGUUACUUUCCCUUCCCUUCAGACAGCCGAUUCCGUUCUUGAAGGUCAAAAAGUGUAGGACGUAGAUCGAGACUCGAACCUUGAACAUACAUAUACGAACGCUACUGCUGGCACAGUUCAAGAGCCAGUUCCAUCCCCAUCGCCAUCCCUAGAACAACCCCGGCUAGACGACUACCUACUCAUCGCCUGCUCACCAUGGCUUCCACCGACGCCAUUCUCCAGGGAGUCGACGUCCUGGGCGCCAUCCAAGAGCAGCACAGGAAAAUCCUCACGCCCCAGGCGCUCGCCUUCCUCGCGCUCCUCCACCGGUCCUUCAACGCCACGCGCAAGGACCUAAUCGAGCGGCGCAAGGACCGCCAGGCCGAACUGGACAGGGGCGGCCUGCCAGAUUUCCUCCCCGAGACCAGGCACAUCCGCGAGAACCCAACCUGGAAGGGCGCCCCGCCCGCCCCGGGGCUCGUCGACCGCCGCGUCGAGAUCACGGGUCCCACCGACCGCAAAAUGGUCGUCAACGCCCUGAACUCGGACGUGUGGACGUACAUGGCCGAUUUUGAGGACUCCACCGCCCCGACCUGGGACAACAUGAUCAACGGGCAGGUGAACCUGUACGACGCCGUGCGGCGCCAGGUGGACUUCAAGCAGGGGCCCAAGGAGUACAAGCUGCGGACCGACCGGCCGCUGCCGACGCUGAUUGUGCGGCCGCGCGGCUGGCACCUGGAGGAGAAGCACAUCACGGUCGACGGCGAGCCCAUCUCGGGCUCGCUGUUCGACUUUGGCCUGUACUUCUUCCACAACGGCCACGAGGCGGUCAAGCGCGGCUUCGGGCCUUACUUCUACCUGCCCAAGAUGGAGUCGCACCUCGAGGCGCGGCUGUGGAACGACGCGUUCAACCUCGCCCAGGACUUUGUCGGCCUCCCGAGGGGCACCAUCCGCGGCACCGUGCUGAUCGAGACCAUCAUGGCCGCCUUCGAGAUGGACGAGAUCAUCUACGAGCUGAGGGACCAUAGCUCCGGCCUCAACUGUGGCCGCUGGGACUACAUCUUCAGCACCAUCAAGAGGUUCAGGCAGAACUCAAACUUUGUGCUCCCCGACCGCGCUUGCGUUACCAUGACGGUGCCGUUUAUGGAUGCUUAUGUUAAACUCCUGAUCCAGACCUGCCACAAGCGGGGAGUCCACGCCAUGGGGGGCAUGGCUGCCCAGAUCCCCAUCAAGGACGACAAGGCGGCCAACGACAAGGCUAUGGACGGUGUGCGGGCCGACAAGCUGCGCGAGGUCAAGGCCGGCCACGACGGGACAUGGGUUGCCCAUCCAGCCUUGGCCGCCAUCGCGUCCGAGGUCUUCAACAAGCACAUGCCGACGCCGAACCAGCUGUUUGUGCGGCGCGAGGACGUCAAGAUCGGCCAGAACGACCUUCUCAACAUGAACGUCCCCGGCAAGGUCACCGAGGAGGGCAUCCGGAAGAACCUCAACAUCGGCCUGGGGUACAUGGAGGCGUGGAUCCGCGGCGUCGGUUGCGUCCCUAUCAACUAUCUCAUGGAGGACGCCGCGACGGCCGAGGUGUCUCGCUCGCAGCUGUGGCAGUGGGUACGGCAUGGCGUGACCACGGCCGAGGGCAGGAGGGUCGACAAGGGCUACGCGCUCAAGCUGCUCAAAGAGACGGCCGACGGGCUCGCCGCCAAGGCCCCCAAGGGCAACAAGUACCACCUCGCCGCGCAGUACUUUGCCGGCCAGGUCACCGGCGAGGACUAUGCUGAGUUCCUCACCACGCUCCUUUACGACGAGAUCACCGCUGCAGGCAGCCCGUCUCCGGCGGCGAAGCUUUGAGAUGGGGGACGUGGGAGAGUUUGGACAGUUUUGUUUUGGAAUCUCGUUUUCCAAAGGAGGGAGAACAGAAUCGCAUUCAUCUAAUCUAGCUUUGGGGAGAUUGGAGGUACUGGGGGGGUUUGUGAGUAUGGAUUUCCCAUCAACCACCCGAGGACUCUUGAACUAGGAAACGGGCUCCAUGUGGGCUGGGUCUGCCCGGUAGUUAAUUGUAAGAAGCCACGAUGGUAUUUGACCGGCUAGUUAGGUCCGGAAGACAAACUGGUUGUCCCGAACUGCAGUGCCCACAGCCGGUGACAUGGUCUCCUUAAUCGAGGGGAUAAACGUAGAUCGUAGGAUAACAUAACGCCAGAAAUGGGAGAAGUCCGAG